AUGCGCCUGGUCGCUACCCUCGGCCGGCUGGUGCUCGCCGCCGCGCUGGCCGGGCACGUCUUUGCGCAGCAGCAAAACCAGCCGUCGCCAUCCUCGACCGCCACCGGCGCCACCGCGACGCCCACUGGCGGCAAUAACAACAACAACAACAGCUCGGCAGCUGCAAGCUCGUCGACGUCGCUGGCGAGCGGUGCACGCGUCGUACAGACCACAGUCACGAAUCUCGUCCCCGGGCCCAGCGGGUCGCCGUCCGCUACCCAAACGUUCGUCCUCACCCUGACGCUAGACGCGGCGGGCAACAACGCCAGCCCCAGCAGCGGCGGCCAGAACGUGUCCCUCAGCGGCAACGGUAACGGCGGCAACGCGACGGUCAACCACAAUGGCACGGGCAACGGCACGCUCAACGCAACCACCCCUGUGGUCUGGAACGACACGCUCGGGUACAUCCCCUUCACGCCGCACCUCGACGCGGCGUUUGGCAUGGGCGGCGCGCUCCUCAUCCUCACCGGCAUCCCUGUCGCCACGCUCGGCGGCAAGAACCGCUGGUCGGCGCUCGCCAUCGUCUCGGGCUACUCGGUCGCGACGUUCUGUCUCAUCAUUAUCCUCAGCUUUGGUGUCGGACCGGCGCUCGCGCCCCCGUCGCCCAACCCGCCCUCGGCCGCCCUCCGCGGCCUGUACCUGCUCGCGGUCGGCGUGUCGACCAUCAUCGGCGCCGCCCUCGGCGUCUUCUUCUACACGUUUGCGAGAUACUGGGUCGGUGCGGCCGGUGGCUUUUCGUUUGGCUGGUUCCUCCUCGCCCUCAAAAAGGGUGGCCUGCUGACCGACGUCGGCCCACGCUGGGGCCUCGUCGGAGGCUUCACUGUGCUUGCAUUACUCGCGGCCAUGACCCCGAGGUUACACGAGUUUGUGAUUCUCGGAUCGAGCGCCUGGGUCGGCGCGACGGCGUUUACCCUUGGUGUCGAUUGCUUCACACGUGCUGGACUGAAAGAGUUUUACAUCUACAACCUGGGGUACCCCAACCUCUUCCCGAGCCUCAAUGGGGGCAAGUACCCCCUGACGCAGAACAUGCAGGUCGAGCUGGGUGUCAUUGCCGCUGCGGCACUGAUCGCCGGCAUGAUUCAGUUCAAGCUGCUCAAUGUGCUGAAGAAGCGACGCAGACAGAUCAAGGAAGAGGAGGAGGCGCGCAUCGAAGCCGAUGAGAUUUCACGUGCUGCCGAGCAGUUCAAGAAUGUUGGUGCCGAGCUCGCACGCUGGGAGGGCAAGCAUGGUGAAGGCGGUGGCGGUGGCCAUGACUUUGACCCCCAUGGCUCCGAGACCAAGACUCUGUCGUACAGCCCCGCGCUGCCCAAGCUCGGCUUCGACGGCCACGGUAACGCCGCCUCGCACUCGACCCUCGUCAGCAGCGCCGGCCACAAGGAGGUGCUCACCUCUGACUCGGACAACACGCACAAGAGCAACGCGUCGGUGAGACGCCUGAGCCUCCUCGAGGAGAUGGGCUUCGAGCUGCCUCAGGAGCGCCACCUCGAGCCAGACUCCGCCGCCGGAGCUGUCAAGCCCCCUGUGAGCCCGACCACGCCGCCCACCGUCACCCCGCCUGUCGACACCGACCUCGAGCAGAAGCUUGCCCUCCUCGCCGAGGUCAGACGCGCUCGCCAGAGCAUCAGAUCUUCAAUGGACCAGCUCCGCUCCGGAACCCCUACGAAUGGCGACAACACCCCGCACCACGAGCGCGCCGGCAGCACUGCCAGCAACCACCCGUUUGACGGUGCCACUCGCAGCCGACACGACUCGACGACCAGCAACAGACUCCUCGAUGGCGCCGUUGUCGUUGGCGCUCGCCCCACCUCGCCUGCGAGCAGCAAGGUGCUUGAUGGCGACCGCCCUCGUAGCCGCUUCGACUCGACCGCGAGCAGCAUGAUGCUCGACGGUGGUGGUGGGGGCGUCAUGAACCGCGGCAGACACGACUCGAUUGCCAGCAGCAACCUGCUCCUCGACGACGUUACCGGCCACACCCGCCAGCAGUCUGCCACCAGCGCCCACCUUCUUGCAACGAGCUUUGACGAGCCCCGCUCGCGCCGUGACUCGCUUGGCCCUCGCACCUUUGCCCCUGCCGACUCUGACCCACGCCCCUCGAUGUCUGCCCGGGAACCCAGGAUGUCGUUAUCCGAACGCCCUCGCCCGCUCUCCGACUGGGAGCAGUACCUCGCCGAGCGCAACGUUGUGGUUCCUCCGCCCGCCCCUGCGACUGUCGAGCCUACCUCGCCUACCGGCCCGCCUCCCGCCCUCGGCCGCCGCAACAGCGACUUUGCCGUCGUCUCACAGGGUGUCGCGCAGGCCCUCAACAAGCGCGACCCCGCUGUCGGCGGCUCGCUCGACCGCCGCGGUGAAAUGUCCCCUGGACGCGAGUACGGCGCGCAGCUCAACGCCACCCUUCAGCGCUCGCUCUCGAGCGACCAGGCGCCACUCGCCAGGCCCGGCCGCCGCCCGUCGGUCGACAAGGCCCCCAAGGCGCGUGCCAUGACCAACGAGGAGUUUGCCGAGCGCCACAGGCAGAAGCUCACUCAGAUGCAGGACCGCGCCACGGGUCCUAUCCGCGAGGAGAUUGCCAUUGCCGAGGCCAAGGAGAAGUACACGGCGCAGCAAAAGGCGGAGCGUGAGGAGCAGCGCCGCCGCGAGCGUGAGCGCGCAGAGCGCGAGCAGCGCAAGGCCGCGGCGCCGGAGAGGAAGGAUGUCAAGGUGAAGGAGGCGCCAGCGACGACGGCCAAGGUCAAGGACGCCGCGGCCACCACUGCGGCACCCGCCGCCGGACUGGAGCAGCUCGUCGACAACACUGCGCCACGUGCUGCCGACCGCGCACGCCGCACUGACGAGUGGCGCCGCAGCGUCAUGCCGACUCUGCAGGCCACUUCGCCCGUCACCUCGCCGGUUACGUCCCCUGUCACGUCGCCAGCCAAGCAGAGUGUCCCACUCCGCCCUUCUGGCCCGACGCGCCGCUCAACUGCCGACCUGUCGCGCGGUUACACGCGCGGCGACACCGCCGGCCGCCCCGGACUUGACCGCCGCGGCAGCAUGGACCCUCUGCGUGGCAACAACACGGGCACCAACGGCCGCCGCAGCCGCGGCGGCGACCGCGUUGUCAAUGCGUCGUAA